CUACUCCACUUUUCUUCCCCAGCACGAAUCGGACCUCGCAACCUCUUUCCUCCUCCGGACGCAAAUCAAAUCGAUUCAAUCCCGGCCCGAAACAUUGCCGAACUCGCGACGUCGUCAUCUCCGCUGUCUUCUUCUUCUCUGAUCUCUGAUCCGCCCGUCGGUUCGAGUUGGCCGCCCGUGCAUCGAUCGACCGCUAUAAAGCGCUCGCCUUUUCUUCUCGCCGCCUCUUCACGUGCGGGCCCGCCACCGCCUCCCAUGCAAGCAGCGCAGCGGCAGUAGGAGCACGGCUGUCGUCUAUAUCUCGUGAGCUCCCCCCCGCCCCCGCCCCUGCCCGCUGACUCCUGGUUGGAUCGAUCGCCGAUGGCCGUGGAGGAGCCCUCGCCGCCGCCGGCCGCCGACUCGUCCCCGCCGCGGCCGCGGCAGCCGGAGGUCGGCGCGGGCGGGCGGCGCACGGACAAGCAGGGCCGGCGCCUCGAGGUGUACAACGAGGUGCUCGCCCGCCUCCGCGCCUCCGGCGGCGCCGAGAUCUCGCCGGCCUUCCAGGACGCGCUCUGGGCGCACUUCCACCGCCUCCCCGCCCGGUACGCGCUGGAUGUGAACACGGAGAGGGCGGAGGACGUGGUCACGCACCAGCGGCUGCUCGAGGAGGCGCGCGACCCGGCGCGCCGGCCGGCCCUGUCGGUGCGCGUUGUACAGGUAUCUAGAAUUAUUGAUGGUGAUAUGGAUGAUUCCUGUGAUCAUGAGAUGGACAUGGUUGCUUCCAGUCACUUGCCUAACCAAAUGGUUCACCCUCCUCCUGCAUUCGGCUCGUCCUCCAAUCUAGAGGCGCUAGCGCUCGAAGCAAAUGAAUCUGAUGUCGGUAGCACCAAUAACGACGAUGAUAAUAGUGUUCACCUUGUUUCCAGGCCAAUGCACGAGAUAGCAUUUGCAUCAACUGAUAAGCCAAAGCUACUUAGCCAGCUGACUUGUUUGCUUGGUGAGCUCGGUCUUGACAUCCAAGAAGCACACGCAUUUUCAACAAUCGAUGGCUACUCACUGGAUGUAUUCGUUGUCACUGGUUGGCGUCUUGUGGGGACUAAACAGCUGAAAGAGAAGAUAAUGGAGAAAUUUCGCAGUGUUGAGGCACAAGCUUGUACAGUGUCAAGUGCAUCAUCACCUUCAUUGGAAGGCCUGCAAGGUGGAGAGAGUAGGCCCACAUCUACCAGUGUGCAAAUACCAUCCGAUGGAGCAGAUGUUUGGGAAAUAGACCUGAAGCUGCUCAAGUUUGGGAACAAGGUUGCAUCUGGAUCAAACGGGGACCUGUACCGUGGUUCAUACUGCAUCCAGGAUGUGGCCAUUAAAGUAGUGAGACCUGAGCGCAUCAGUGCAGAUAUGUACAGAGAUUUUGCGCAGGAAGUGUACAUUAUGAGAAAGGUUCGUCACAGGAAUGUUGUGCAGUUUAUCGGUGCCUGUACAAGACAGCCCAACUUAUAUAUUAUAACAGAUUUCAUGUCAGGGGGGAGCGUAUACGAUUACCUCCAUAAAAAGGGCAGUUCCUUCAAGCUCCCAGAAAUACUAAGAGUGGCAACAGACAUCUCUAAAGGAAUGAGCUACCUGCAUCAGAACAACAUAAUUCACCGAGAUCUCAAGACUGCAAAUCUUCUCAUGGAUGAAAACAAGGUUGUAAAGGUUGCAGAUUUCGGUGUCGCACGUGUGAAAGAUACUUCCGGAGUGAUGACUGCGGAGACUGGAACUUACCGUUGGAUGGCCCCUGAGGUCAUAGAGCAUAAGCCGUAUGAUCACAAGGCAGAUGUUUUUAGCUUUGGUAUUGUUCUAUGGGAGCUUCUAACCGGCAAGAUCCCUUAUGAUUAUCUAACUCCACUGCAAGCAGCAAUAGGUGUUGUUCAGAAGGGCAUCAGGCCGACGAUUCCGAAGGACACCAACCCCAAGCUAGCAGAGCUGCUCCAGAAGUGUUGGCACAGAGAUUCAGCCGAGAGGCCCGACUUCUCCCAGAUCUUGGAGAUCCUUCAGAGACUCUCCAAAGAGGUGGGAACCGACGGCGAUGGCCGGCAGAAAACGAAGUCAGGCUUCCUUUCGGCGCUGAAGAGAAGCCACUGAAGGGCGGCAGCAGCAGCCACCAACAAGCUUGCUCUGUGUUGAUGCCCAAGUAUAGGUGAUUGAUUCCGGAAUUGUUGAUCGAUGCCCGAGCCACUGUAGUGUACACUGAUAAUAAUUCUCUCACGUAGUAGCUGUUUUGGCCCAUUUCGUUUCCUCCUUUUUUUUCCUGUUGCCAUGUAUCAACUGUUUUUCUUGUUCUAGUAUUGUUGUUGAAUGAACGUUAA